AUGUGUCCCCCGCGCCUCCUCCCACCUCUGCAGGCGCCGCUGGCCCGCGAGCCCGCGCCAGGCCCGCCGAACCCAUCCGCUGCCGCCCCGCUCCCGCGCGAGCCCGACCGCGCUGCCCGCCUGCGCGCCGCUUCGCCGCCAGCGCCACCGCGCGCCGCCCGCGCCUCCCCGUCCAGCGUCGCCUCGCCUCCCGAGCGCAGCCCGCGCUCCGCCGUGCUCCGCCCGCUGGCGUCCAGCCCCGCCGCCGCGAGCCGCCCCGCCGCCGUCCUCCCUCGCCGGCGCCGCCCGCUCGCCCCGCCUCCUCUUCGCGUCGUCUCGUGCCUCCCCUGCCGGUCGCCACCUCGCCGGAGGUCGCUGCCGUCACCGGAGUUCGUCCUCCGGCCGGAUCCGGUGAAGUGGGACCAGAUCCACCCGCUCAUUGAUCCAAACACGCGUGCCCCGUCCCGGUUCUCUCCGUCCCGGGUCGUCCCCGUCCAGUUUCCGCGAGGUGGUUUUUCUUCCAAGUCCUGA